AUGCGUCAAGCAAUCCCUAGAGUCUAUGUGUGCCAUUCCAGUUGCAGACGAACGUGCCUGCAGCUGGAUGCUGCAGUGUAUGUGUUUAUAGCUGAAGCUCGGGCCCGGUCCGGCAAUGCUUGCGCAGCCGGUCGGCUGGGUGUGGUGCAGAAGGAGGGCAGUGCGCCUAGACUCGUCGGGGACAGCACAGUUUCUAAUGCCAACCGGUUGUGCAGAAUUGCCGAUAAGAUUGAGCUGCCCUCGUUGCAAGAUGUGUCCAGUUUCUUGUCGCAUCAUGACGGGGAGUGGAUAGCGUUCAUCCUGGACGUGGCCAAAGCUCAUAAGCGGGCCAAAGCGGCAGCUGCAGCUGCGGAGAGAGGGUACUCGCUGUUUGCAGUGACUGACGCAGACGGAGCUACACACUGGUUGUGCUACCGCACAUGCCAUUUUGGUUGUUCAUGGGCGGCCUAUUGGUGGGCCAGGACAGCAGGUGCAUUCGUCCGGAUCGCACAUCGAUUAAUUCACCGACGGCAUUUUCUGGCUAUUUAUGUGGACGACAUUCUGGCCUUGAUUCGCAGAAGUGAAGCCUCAACGGGUGCAGCCUUGGUCGUUUUCUUAGCCACUGCUCUAGGCGUACCAAUAAGCUGGAAGAAGUUGGUGCUUGGCAGCUGUGUGAAAUGGCUGGGUUGGAUGGUGCGUCUAGGCGAAGCCCCGACGGCGCAUCUACCAGAAGACAAGCGUAUCUGCCUCCUAGGUGCGCUGCAACUGUUGCGCGUGGCUGGAGCCAUGGUUUCACGGAAACAUCUGGAGCAGCUGGUUGGUUGUCGCAUUUUGGAAGUCGGACAUGUUCCUUUCCAGGGCCCGCGAGACGUGCUAAGAGCACAGGUGAAGCAGGGUCGCGCCUGGGUCAAAUUUGGCGAUGGUUGCUCCAAGGAGGUAAGAGUCGCCAAGGAGGAAGCACAGGUCAUACAGGUCGCUGAUUUCUAUCACAGCCUGGUUUCAAAAAAUGUGGAAGUGCAGCUGGUGCACAAGAAGGGACCGCAUGUCCUGGCGGCAGCUGAUGCAUACGCGCAAGGACAGAGUGCUGGCAUUGGGGGCUGGUGGAUGCUACCGGGAGAUGGGAUUUGCCCAACGUCUAUCUUUUGGUUUUCCAUUGCUAUUCAGGCUGCAGAGUUGCCGGACUGGUUUGUGCAGGAACAUGGUCGUAGUGAUCUGCAGAAAUACAUUUGCGUGCUUGAAGCUUUGGUCCAGCUUGUGCUCAGCAAGUUACUGAUUGCGGACAGUUGGGUCGGCCCGACCUUCUCGUGUGCAGGACAGGUGAUGUUAUACGACAAAGCUGCGACAAUUCGGGGGUCUGCGGCGCAGUCAGCAAGGUCAGCGGAAUACAUGGGCGGAUCUGUUGAGCAGAGGGCGGGCAGCAAGCGGUUCGCCGGAGCUCUGGGC